AUGGGAGUUAAUAUUCCAAUUUCCACCGUCGGUUCAACUGGUAGGACCAUACCUCUCCUAGGUUAUGGAACUGCGGAAUAUCCUUUUGGCGUUUCGAUUGAAACAAUGAAAGAGUCCGUUCUUAACGCAAUAGAAGUAGGUUAUCGACACUUUGAUUCUGCUUCUCUUUACCAAUCUGAAGUGCCUCUAGGAGAAGCAAUAGCAGAUGCUUUACGAUUAGGUUUAAUCAAAUCUCGAGAUGAGCUAUUUAUCACUUCCAAGCUUUGGUGUUGUGAUGGACAUAAAGAUCAUGUCCUCCCUGCUAUACAAAAAACACUCAAGAAUCUUCAACUAGAGUAUCUAGAUCUGUACCUAAUCCACUGGCCUGUUAGCUCAAAGCCAGGAGAAUAUGAGCUGCCCGUGAAGGAGAAGGACCUUCUUCCAAUGGAUUUCAAGUCUGUGUGGGAAGCUAUGGAGGAGUGUCAAAACCUUGGCCUGGCAAAAUCCAUUGGUGUAAGCAAUUUUUCCUGCAAGAAGCUUGAGAACUUACUUGCCACGGCAAAGAUUCCCCCGGCUGUCAAUCAAGUGGAGUUAAGCCCUCUUUGGCAGCAAAAGAAGACGAGAGAUUUUUGUGAGGCAAAAGAUAUACACGUCACUGCUUACGCUCCACUGGGAGCGAAAGGAAUGCUUUGGGGUACAAACAAAGUGAUGGACUGUGAAGUGUUGAAAGAGAUUGCUGCUGCUAGAGGAAAAAGUAUUGGUCAGAUUUGUCUUAGAUGGGUAUAUGAGCAAGGAGUAAGCGUGCUUGUUAGGAGCUUCAACAAAGAGAGGAUAAAGCAAAACCUGGACAUAUUUGACUGGAGAUUGAGCCAAGAGGAGUUAGAAAAGAUAAGUCAAAUUCCGCAACAAAAAGCAUAUGCGGCAUCCGAAUUCGUCUCUGAGAAAGGGCCUUACAAAUCGGUUGACGAGCUUUGGGAUGGAGAGAUUUAA